AUGCCUCGCAAUGCGCUGCGCGCGCCUCGUUUCUCAGCCCUGAGGUCUAUUGCGAUCAGUAAAUGUGGCGCCUCGUGUACGGCGUGGAUCUCAAGACGGACGCUCCGGCAACUUCAAAAGUUUGCCUCUCGACCUAACCUGGAGAUGGUUAUACACCGGAUGCGACUUGUGAACCACCAAGAACUGCCUCUGUACUGCCGCUCCCACACGAGCUAG